AUGGAUACUGCAUGGCUUCAAUACGCUGACCCGCGCGAAGCACGGGACCUUACGGUGGAGGCCGCCCAGGCGUUGGGUCUUUCUCGAGGUGUCAAGGGAGGAGGGUCCUCGGGUCGCAGCAUCCCUUUUGCAAAGCUGCAAGCUCUUUUAGACAGUCGGAGCGAUAGGGAUACCCUCGAAGGUUUGAAAAGGGUUAUCUCGAUGAUAUAUCAGAACAAGCCAUGCCUGCCAUAUUUCUCGGCCGUGGUCAAGAAUGCCGCCAAUCCGAACCUCGAGGUCAAGAAACUCGUCUACAUCUACUUACUUCAUUACGCCGAAGCAGACCCGGACCUGGCUCUCCUUUCCGUCAAUGCCAUUCAGAAAUCACUCACAGACCAAAACCCUCAGGUCCGGGCCCUUGCCUUACGCACCAUGUCGGGCAUGAGGGUCCCGGUCAUCAGCCAGAUUGUCUCUCUAGCCAUCAAGCGGGGCGUCGGGGACAUGAGUCCUCACGUUCGCAAGGCGGCCGCUCUCGCCAUUCCAAAGUGUUACAAUCUGGAUCCGAACACGCUGCCUCAACUGCUCGACUACCUCUCAACCUUACUCGGGGACAAACAGUAUUUUGUAGCUGGUCCCGCUGUGCAAGCCCUACUGGAGAUCUGUCCAGACAGAAUCGAUCUGGUCCACAAACACUACCGAAGCCUUGUCAAAAAGCUAGUCGAUAUGGAUGAGUGGAGUCAACUGGCCACCUUGAGACUUCUUCUCUUCUACAGCAGACGCUGCUUCCCUCGGCGGACCCGCAAGGUCACCAAAGUCAACAAGAAAGGCUUCUAUGAGGACGAAGCCGAUGAGACAGUGGAGACAGACGAGGUGGUUCAGGUCUUGGAUCCUGACUUGGAGCUCUUCCUGAACGCCUGUCGACCUUUGCUUCACAGUCGAAGCUCGGCGGUCAUCACCUCGGUGACUAGUUGCUUCUUGUAUCUGGGUACACCAGAGUACCUCAAGGAAGCUGUCGGGCCACUGGUCGGCCUCAUGCGAGGACCCCCUGAAGUCGAAGAGGUUGCACUGUGCAACAUUGUAUUGGUCUCCUUGUCGGCAGCAGACCUGUUCGUACCUUACACCUCUCACUUCUUUCUACGAGCACACGAUCCACCACAAAUAUGGAGGCUGAAGAUUGAACUUCUGACGCUGAUAUUUCCCCAUGCACCACUACACCUCAAAUCAAUCAUUCUCAGUGAACUGGAGCACUUCUGCCAUAGUGCCGACAUCGAUCUCAUACGGGAAUCAGUGCGGGCUAUUGGACGAUGUGCACAGUCAGACCCCAAGAAUGCUCAUCGAUGUUUCAGGGUUCUUCUGAACCAAAUCUCCAGUUUCGACAAUGUUCUGGUCUCGGAAGUGCUUACUGUGGUGCGCCAUCUCAUUCAGCAAGACCCGACAGCUCACCGGAAGACUGUGGUACGUUUGGCACGAAACUUGGAUAGAACUACCAGUCCCGAAGCUCGAGCCACCAUUAUCUGGCUGGUGGGCGAGUUCGCCAGCCUAGAUCCCGACAACGACAUAGCACCUGAUGUACUUCGGAUAUUGGCCAAAGGCUUUGCUGACGAGAGCGAACCAGCGAAGCAGCAGAUAGUUCUGCUCGCCGCCAAGGUGUACUUGUUGUUCCUUCAAAAACAAGGGGGAAAAGACACGGAGGAGGAGAAAAGUAAUGCGGAAGAAUUGCAGGAGGAUGAAACCCGGAGCGGGAGCGCAGCUCAAGAAGAUUCGGAUUUCCGCAAUCAUCCAGUCUCCAAGCUCUGGAACUAUAUCCAACUCCUGGCCCGUUACGAUGUAUCCUACGACCUUCGUGAUCGGGCUCGGCUGUUCAAGGCUCUCCUCUCCAACCCGCAAUCCACGCAACUUGCCGCCCUUCUCCUGCUGGCGCCCAAACCCGUGCCUCACUCACCUUCUCCUUCGGAGAGUCGGAAAGGGCUGGUGCUGGGUACUUCUACUCUCGUUCUCGGGAAAGACGUGGCUGGCAUUCUUGGGUUGCCUGGGUACCAGGAGCUGCCCGAUUGGGUUGAAGACGGCCAUGAACCGGACCCAAAGCUUAGAGACGGCACGGACGAAGGAGAGAGGGAAGAGUAUGUGCCGCUGAGUGCCAGAAAGACCACAACUGUGGCCGCUAGCAGAAGACUCGAUGACGCGGUCAGGGAGCAGGGUUUGGAGAAGGUCGUGGCUGCUGGAUCCGCAAAGGCUCAUGGUAAGCCGAGGACUUUGGACGAUUGGCUGGCUGAGAGUGAAGAUGAAGAGGAAGAUGACGAAGGAGAAGAAGAGGAGGAGGAGGAGGAGGAGGAAGAAGAGACCGAGGAAGAGGAGACUGAGAGCGGGAGUGGGGAGACCGAGGAAGAGGCAAGUGAAGAAGGGGAGACAGAAGAAGAAGAAGAGAGCGAAGAUGACGAGCAGGCCGUAAGGAAAGGCUUGAUGGCAGGCGAGUCAUGA